GGGAGGAGCAGAGUGAGGAAGGGAGGAGGGGCGGUGGCGUCCCGCACCCCGGGCCCGGCGCACUUGCACCGGCCGCUCUGCUCGCCCACGCCGCCCGCGCCUCCUCGCUCUGACGCCCGUGGCUCCUACGCGUCUCAGCCAGGUGAGCACGGGCGCGAGACAGGCGGCCCCAGGACCUCGCCCGAGCUCCGGGCGGGAUAUGCGAAUUGCGCUGCCGGGGCUGGCCCCGGGGUUCAGCGACGCCCGACCCGCAGCCCCGGCCACCAGCGGGGACUAUGACCCGGAAGGCGCGAUGCUGCCUGGGCCACCUCUUCCUCAGCCUGGGCAUGGUUUACCUCCGGAUCGGUGGCUUCUCCUCAGUGGUAGCUCUGGGAGCGAGCAUCAUCUGUAACAAGAUCCCAGGCCUGGCUCCCAGACAGCGGGCGAUCUGCCAGAGCCGGCCCGACGCCAUCAUCGUGAUAGGAGAAGGAUCACAAAUGGGCCUGGACGAGUGUCAGUUUCAGUUCCGAAACGGCCGCUGGAACUGCUCCGCACUGGGGGAACGCACCGUCUUUGGGAAGGAGCUCAAAGUGGGGAGCCGGGAGGCUGCCUUCACCUACGCCAUCAUCGCCGCAGGCGUAGCCCAUGCCAUCACCGCCGCCUGCACCCAGGGCAACCUGAGCGACUGUGGCUGUGACAAAGAGAAGCAAGGCCAGUACCACCGGGACGAGGGCUGGAAGUGGGGUGGCUGCUCUGCCGACAUCCGCUACGGCAUCGGCUUCGCCAAGGUCUUUGUGGAUGCGCGCGAGAUCAAGCAGAAUGCCCGGACUCUCAUGAAUUUACACAAUAACGAGGCAGGCCGCAAGAUCCUGGAGGAGAAUAUGAAGCUGGAAUGUAAGUGCCACGGUGUGUCAGGCUCGUGCACCACCAAGACAUGUUGGACCACGCUGCCACAGUUCCGGGAGCUGGGCUACGUGCUCAAGGACAAGUACAACGAGGCCGUCCACGUGGAGCCCGUGCGCGCCAGCCGCAACAAGCGACCCACCUUCCUGAAGAUCAAGAAGCCCCUGUCCUACCGCAAGCCCAUGGACACGGACCUGGUGUACAUCGAGAAGUCACCCAACUACUGUGAGGAGGACCCAGUGACAGGUAGUGUGGGCACACAGGGCCGAGCCUGCAACAAGACGGCCCCCCAGGCCAGCGGCUGCGACCUCAUGUGCUGUGGCCGCGGCUACAACACCCACCAGUAUGCCCGUGUGUGGCAGUGCAACUGCAAGUUCCACUGGUGCUGCUAUGUCAAGUGCAACACAUGCAGCGAGCGCACGGAGAUGUACACGUGCAAGUGAGGCUGACGCCCGCUCCUGUGCCGCAGGGCAGAGCAGGAGGACCGGACAGCCUCUAUGCUGCCGUCACCUUCCAGAUCACUGCCUUGCUCUUCACAGGGAGCCACAGAAACACUGAGCUUGUCUUUCCUGCUGAGGAGGCCCUGUUUCUGGCUUUUGGUUUCCCAAAGACCCUGGGAAGAAGCCCUUGGGCCUUCGCUUGUUCUGUUCCAUGUCCAGUGCUGCUCCUCCUCCCUGAUACUGCCCACAUCCCUGCCCGGCUGGAAGGAAGCCUUUCACUGGAAUUCCAGGCCCUCGGGCCUCAUCAUAGCAAUAUUUAACAAUUGAUUCUGAUAAAAAUAAUAUUAAUUUAUUUAAUUAAAAAGAAUCCUUCCACCUCGUCGGGAUCCGUUUUCUGCAGUCGAAGUGGACUUGUGCUUUCCUGGCGGGAUGAUUUGUGUCGCUAGAACCUGGAGCCAAGUAGAACUGUACAUAAUUAUUCUUUAUGCAGAUGUUUCUACUAGUUGUUUUUGCAAGUAUCUUCCCUCUGGAGCACUAGAGGUUUAAGUACAACAAGCAGACAUCCUUUAUACUUUAUGCCCACAUAGAAAUGCACACACACACACACACACACACACUCACCACUUUUUUUUUUUUUUUUUUUUUUUUUUUGGCUAUUUGCUGCUACUUAUCCAGAAAUUUAAGCUGAUCCAAGUUUGGAGACUUUUUCCCCAGAAUACGUUUCCCAACCUUCUGCCUUCCAAGUUCAAACAUUGCCAUUAGAAAAAAGAUCUAGUUUGGAAUAGACAGAGAGAAAGGAACAAUAAUAAACUCCCAGCUGUUUUCAUCAUUUGGAAAGUAAACCACUGGAUAAGAGAGAAUAUUUUGUAAGAGACUAUUUUUAUAAGAAUAUUUUAUUUAUAUGGAGUCUGCUGUAUCAUCCCACAGCCUGUGUGUCUUCCUAACACUGGUCCUCACUGGGGUUAGGCGGGGCACAGCCAGGGCCUGUGGGCAGGUCCCACAGGGACCCUCAUGCAUCUGGGUUCUGGAGUUCUGUUUGCCAAGGGGAACAAAGCAGCCCCCGGAUGCCCACUGGGGCUGGGGCAUCAUCCAUGUGGACUGGGAAGAAACCCAAUCCUUGCCUCCACCUGUGAAGCUAAAGGCUUUGUGCAGGUCACCAAAGGGGACCUUAGGGUGAGCCACUCAGUUGAGUGGACCAAUGCCCUCCAUGUUGUGUGACCAUCACAGGGACUCAACCAUCAUUACCAGGCAGAGGCCAGCUUGAGGCCCCUGCAUCUCACCAGAACAGCCCCGCCACUGCCUGUGUCCUUAGAUGGGAGAAAAACAGGCAGGGGUGUUGUCACAAGUUGUGCAGUGGCCUGGGGCUUGCGGCCCUGUUCCAGGGAGGACUGGUGGGGAGAGGCAAGGAACAGGCCUCCCUGCUUUGGCCUGGACACACUCAGUGCCUCUUGACCUGGAAAGCUCCUCCAGGAGGCCACAGGUGCCAGCAUGUGCCAUCCUAUGUGUGGGUUUGGAUCGAUAUCUGUGUGCAUGCGUGUCUAUGUAUGUCUCCAAGUGCCCCUGUGAGGGAGAGCAGGUCAUGUGCAUGGAGGUGCAUGCCUGAGCACUUGAUGGUCCCAGGAGCAUCACUGGUGGGGUGGGGUGGGGUGUGGUGUUCCCAUGAGUGCACAUGAGUUGGGCAUCAGGGGACUUUGGUGAUUGUGGUCAACCACCAAGAGAUGGCACCUCUGAACUCUCUCCCACAGCCACUGGUGAAAUUCAGAUACAUCUGAGACACGGCCCUGUGACCCUUGAGUGCUAAGAGCCCCUGCACAUCUAGGCCAUGUUCAACCCCUAUCUCAGCACUGAGUCUGGGUCACUGGCAAAUAAAAGUGACUGGCUGGCUA